ACUAUACUACUACUAAUACAGUUGACAGGCAGUGUCAGAAUGUCGCACGCCUCCGCCAAUGUCGUGCCCGUACGGCGGGCCGGUUGGACCGGACCGCGGUGGCGAUCGGUGACGUCGUUGUGCACGUUCGACAGUCGGGUGUUUUUUCCUCCUUCCCUCUGCCUUCCUCAAACUUUGCGUGCCGAUGGGAAGCAGAGGAGGAGUCAAGUGCGACACUCUUUUCGCUUUCAGGCACACCGCUGAAUACCUGUACUCCCGACUUACCGAUUCAACAGGAAACUGAAGAAAUAAAUGCCAACACUCGGACAGCGUUCGGACCCACUCGGGAGCUCAGUUUUAAGGUGCGGAUAGUCGUCAAUGCGCCUCGGUUGGCUCUGGUGUGUGAGAACUGCAACAGGUCCGAGCAGGUGUAGCAGCUGACAGAGAACAUGUCCAAUGGAAAAGACGACAAUGCUGCUCACAACAACUCAUCCCCGAUGACCCUCGAAGAAAGCCUGGAUGAGUGUAUGGAGGCCCUGGAUCUCUUCCUAAACAAUCACUUCAAUGAGAGUAUGGAGAGGCUGCGUUCAAAAGUGGAUGAGAGCAUGUACCACGCUCUCAUCUAUGCCACGGUCCUGGAAAUGCAGGCCAUGAUGACUUUCCAGCACGAUGACAUCUGCGACGCCGGAGCGACCAUGAAGAGUGCUCAGGAUCUCUGUCAGAGGUUCCGCCGUAAAUCUCCAAAUUUAGGGAAGUCAACGGGGGAGCCACUCACUGAAGAGCAGCUCCAUGCUGAAGUGUGUUACGCAGAAUGCCAACUCCAAAGAGCCGCUCUCACUUUCCUACAGGAUGAGAACAUGGUGAGUUUUAUCAAAGGUGGGAUCAAAGUACGAAACAGUUACCUGAUUUACAAAGAAUUGCAUUCCUACGUCAAAUCCCAAAGCUGUUUGAAAGGACCCAGCCACACUCACUUAGAGGGCGGCAUUUCUUUUGGAAUCGGAGCGUUUAAUUUGACGCUCUCUUUAUUUCCGCCACGGAUACUAAAACUCUUAGAGUUUGCGGGCUUCUCGGGAGACAAGGAUUACGGUUUGUCCCUGCUUGACGACGGUGCGACAGCGCCGAACCUGCGCUCCAUGCUGUGUGUUCUGCUCCUGCUUUGUUAUUACACCUUUCUCACAUUCAUACUCGGAACAGGUGAGGGACAUGUGGCAGAAGCUGAAAGAUUGCUGAAAAUAUUCCGGCUCCGUUAUCCACGGGGAGCAAUCUUCCUGUUUUUCGCUGGCAGGGCAGAGGAGAUGAAAGGAAACAUCGAUGAGGCGGUGGCUCUAUUUGAAGAUGGCUGCAAGGCCCAGCAAGCGUGGAAGCAGUUCCAUCACAUGUGCUACUGGGAGUUGAUGUGGUGCUUCACGUAUAAGCGAGCAUGGAAAAUGGCCUAUUUCUAUGCAGACCUACUCAGCAAGGAAAGCCGCUGGUCCAAGGCUAUGUACAUCUACAUGAAAGCCGCUUAUCUCAGCAUGCUGCCGAGGGAAGAGGAACGUCCCUUUGGAGAGGAUGAGGUGGAUCUCUUCAGACAAGUGCCUCUCUUCAAGCAGAAGAUAGCAGGCAAGUCUCCCCCCACAGAGAAGUUUGCCAUCCGCAAAGCUCGCCGCUACAAAGCCCACUGCCCCGUGAGGCUCUCGGUGCCAGUGCUGGAGAUGAUGUACAUGUGGAACGGUUUUAGUAUGAUCAAAAACCGACCGGAGCUGACCGAAGGCAUCAUCCAGACUCUCGUGGAGGCAGAGCGCACACUGUUGGAGUCUCCAGAGAACGAGUAUUCCCUGGAUGACCGUUGUGUCGUCCACCUGCUGAAGGGAAUGUGCUUGAAAAACCAGGGGCUCCUCCAGGGCGCCGAGGAAUGCUUUCAUAAAGUUUGUUCGAGUGAGAAGAAGCUCAGGUUCGACCACUACCUCAUUCCCAAUUCCAUGGUGGAGCUCAGUCUCCUCUUCAUUGAACGAGGCCGACGGGACGAGGCCAUCAAGCUGCUCCACAAGGCCAAAAACAACUACAAAGAAUACUCGAUGGAAUCUCGUACGCAGUUCAGGAUCCAUGCCGCUCUGGCCAAACUGAAGGCGGGCUCUGUCGACGAAGACCAAACUCAUCCAUAGGGAGAGAGACAUUUUAUCACCGAAGGCACUCUUCAAGUGCUGUCAUCGAGACACUUUGGUAGAUUUAGCCAAUGCGCAGUUUCAUCAACUGAAUGCUGGACUUAUAUUGGGGUUGUCUUUUUUUGACAUUUGAGAAAAGUAAGACCCCAUUGGUGUCAAACAGUAGAAAAAAGGUUGUAUAGUUUUGAAUAGAACUUCGCUUUUAUAAAAUAUGUGUAUAAAGACGUUCCAUUGUUUGGACCAUGUUUAAUCUGCCUCAAGCGUUGAUUAAAGCCACUCUAAAUGACA